GUUGUUUUUCGUACAUGAAUACCUUUAUUAAGGAACGAAUGCAUGAAGACAAAGUUGAUAUUGUGGGAGAUAAAAUUGGUUAGUAAGGUUGUCUAUAGAGCAUCACUUGCCGUCACCGUUCACCGUUACCGUUGUGAAGAGUUGUUGUUUUCGUUACAUUCAUGGCUCCUAUCAAAGAACUAAGCAGGUGGAUUUUGGAGAUGUCAAUGUAAUUAUUUCUUGCCCAUGAUCUUGAUUAAUAAUCUUGGACGGGUGAAGGCGCUGGGUGCCUAGAAAUGAUAUCCACUACCUGGAAUCUGAGACAAGUAGUAGUAUGACGCGGUACGCUGAGUUGGGUUAUGGGUGUAGCUAAGCUCCUGGGCCCCUCGGUCUCGGUGCCGCUGCCGCUCGCCUUUAUCCGUCUCGCAUCACUGCAAUGGAAGGAUUAAUGCUGUGGCUAGUGUCCAUAGCAGUAGCAGUUUGCCUCAUGUGUGCCUUGUGGGCCUGCAUCUGGGGAUGCCGGAAGACGGAGCCAAAGAAUGAGUUGUUAGGAUUAGCUGGAAUGGUGAAAUUAACAAAUCCUGAUGAAGCAUUCAGUCAAAAUGGUCAGUGGCCUGGUCCCAAUGCAACUGCUGUAGCGACUACCUCAGAUUCACAGUCCAACAAAAGGUGCCCAACAUCUGCUAACCGAAGUCUUCCUGACUUGCCUGUUGAUGUUAGUCAUCUUCGUCAUCCAGAUGGGAGUGUAAUUUGGGAGAGUCAAGAAGUAGGGGGUGAUACAGGCUCAGAAUUAUAUGCGACAGUGGAAGAAAAUGCAAGACCUGGUAUGCAGUCUCGCAACAAGAAGUUGGUUCCUCGAGAACUGUCAUCUGAGAGUAAGGAAGAAAGUGAGAGCACUCGUGAAGGUACAUCUCCCAUCAGCCAGCCAAACAUAUUGGAUGAUGAUGGAUUCCCCACCUAUGCCAGGUUACGGAAAGAACAUCCCUAUGAUAAACUCAAAAAAUCAGCAGAACACCCUUAUGCUCAAGUAAGACCACCAAGCUCUAGAGAGCCAGAUACAGAACAAUUGCCGUCAGACAGAUUAGAUGUGUCAGAUCCAGUGCCACCUCCAAGGACGAGGAAAUCUCUGUCACAUGGUUCUCUUACACCACCCCAAGCUACUAUUUCCUCAGGAGUCAAUAGUGCUGGGGCUGAUUCUCCUCGCUCUCUUCACUCGGGUCAUUUGCAGUGUUCUCCACCUGGAUCCACACCUGACAUAGGUGCAGCUGUGGCUAUAUCAGGGCGAAUAUCUGCAAAUCAAGAUCUACCCUACAUGACUCCACCUAUUGCAUCCUCCCAAACUCAGACUGUUCAGCAUUUUAGUGGAGACUCACAAGACUCCAGCAAAGGAUACACUAGCAUCAGUGUACGAGAACCCUUAGCUAACAUUCGCCAACAGCGUCCUCAUGACUCACAUUAUGCCACUGUAUCAGAUGACAGCGAUGAGAUGUAUGCAGCGAUCGAAGACCCAAGUCAAGUGUACACCAGUGGAAGUGAGACUUAUGCCCAAAUUCAGCCUCUUGCCCUUGUGUCCCUGCCAACCUUCACUCCUCACCCACAACCAACUGACACUGUUGACCAUGAGGAUGUUACAAGCACUGCGACUCAAACUGUACAAAGUGGGCCAAUGCCUGUUCCCACACAGCAGGGUGUUUUAGCUCCUCAGCCUCCUAGUGUGGACAGUUUAAAACAUGUGGCUCAAGCUCACUCUCGUCAAGCUUCAUCGUCAAGUGCUGCAAGUUCUGUAGCUAAUUUGGGUUCUCCAAAACCUGAGAAAAGACCUGCAAAUUCUCCACUUCCACCUCCCCCAGCCAAUCUGGCAAGUCCAGAAGGUGGAUGCAGUUUGGAAGAUAUGUAUGCAAAGGUUGUUAAAAAAAAGAGAGGCAGUGCAGAAGAGACAGAUGGAAAGUCUCAAGACACAGAUAGUCCUAAAAGCCAACCAUCUUCACCGCAAAGGCGCUUCUCUACUCUAAUACCAUCAGAUACUGUUCCUGCAAGCAACGAUCCAGGUUAUGAGACAGUCAGUGCUACAGAGGCUAUUCCACAAGAAAAUAUUCAAGUACCAGGGUAUGAAACUGUUCGAAAAAGUACACAAUUGGACAUAGAUCCUAAUUAUGAGGAGUUACAAGUUGAUGGGAUGGAUCCAGGAUAUGCGCAUAUACGCAUGCGAGCUGGGAACAAAGAACCUAAGUAUGCCAAGCUUUCCCAGGAGCAAGUCGCUGGGAAACAGGAUUGUCUUGAAGAACCUGACUAUGCAAGUAUAUCUAGGGGGCAGAAUCAAAAGGUUCUAGCAGCGCGAAAGGUAGCUAGGAGAGAGGAUGGGGAUGAUCCUGGCUAUGAACAAGUUCGCUUGCAGAAGGAAAAUGUUCAAGGUGAAGACAGUGAUCAAGACAAUCCUGGUUAUGAGCGUGUUCAUGCCAGAACUUUUGGAAGCAAGAAGACUGCCCUCCUAGAUCAAGAUCCAGGCUAUGAGCAAGUAAGAUUAGGUGGUACUUCUCAAGUAUGCUCAGUAUCUGAUCAAGAUUAUGAGGGAGUAACUUUGAAUCAACUGGACCCUAAUUAUGAAACUGUUCACAAUGAAGAACCCAAUUAUGAAAGUGUUCAAUAUUGCAAUAAUUCUACUUCGGUGGACAAUUCCUCAAAAAAAUUUGACCAUUCUGAUGAGGCUUCGAAUCCUCUUCUUGGAGGCAGUUAAUUUUACUGCAUUCGCCAAAGUAAUAAAACAAAAGGAAGGGGGAAAUUGGAAAUUUUAUGUCAGCUCAAAGUACAAGAAAAACAUCUGUGCUUCUUGAAAUUAUUUUCUGUGAUUACUGUAUUUAAAAAAAAAACAACAUUUGUAUUAUAAUUUGAUUCAAUUGCAAAUGCAGUAUUAAUCAAUAAUGUUAAGUACAUAACGUGCCCAAGUUAGUGGGUUUUCUCUAACCCAUUUGAUAAAAGUGACCUUCAUGCUAUUGUGUUGUUGAUUUGGAUGUGCUCUCCAAUAUUAAUUAAUCUUUGUCAUUGCCAUAAGUGUUAAUAAUGUAUUGUUACCUUCUCAAUAAUUUGAGGUGCUUUCAGAUUAAUUUACUCUUCAUGCAAGACUGAAUUAAUGAGAACUGAAUAGCCAUCUUUGAACCUCAUGGUAUCAUAGUUGUACUAAGCUAAUAGCCUUUUAAAAUUCCCACUUGCUGCUAAUGUUGAUCAAGGGAGAUACAUUAAAUCAAUUAUCCAAUUUACUACUAAAUAACUAUCUCCUAUAAGCUCAUUCAAAUGUUUUGAAAUGGAACAAUUACCAAUUUAAAGAUUUCCUUGAUUUUGAACUAUUACAUUGUAUUAUGUAUACUAUAUACACUUGUAGGUAAAUGGUGUAGGCAGCUGAUUAGUGGUAUUUGAUCAUUAAAUAGGUCCAAUGGGACUUAUGAAAAACUUUGUAAUUCCAGCUUUGGGUGAUGAUGAUAUUGACUGAGAACUCUCUACAAGUAGAUGACAACUUACUCUUUACCUUAAAUAAAUGCCCCCAAAAAGCAAAAACUUAAAAAAGGAUUACUUCAAUUUCCUGUUAUAUACUUAUAAUAUGUACAAGUAGUAGUCAUCUACUUGAAGAGGGUCAUUUUUAUACAUAUCUUUUAACAAAUUUUUAUUUAUGUUGACAAAUUUGUUUGAAUAUUUUAAUGCUAGGUCAGAGUACAAAUGAAAUUACGAUUUAUUGUAAUCAAAUUAUUCAAACUGUAUUUCUUAUUUUAAACAUGCAUUUUACUUGAUA